UCACAUGACCGUAGCGGCUGCCUGUACAGUAAGGACCCAAUAUGGCAGCGGCGGUAGCAGUGGUAACGGCAGCAGGAGGACCGGCCGCCCCAUAGACCGCCCCCCGCGCACCACCCCCGCCGCUUCCUCUGCUUGGGUGCUCCUCCGGCCUGACUUCCCCUUUCUCCCAUCUUUCCCGGCACCGCGGGAAAAACAGCGCAGGGCAGAGCAGGCAGGGAGGGCGGCCGCAGCCCGGACACGGGAGCCUCCCAGUCAGUUCAACACCCGACAUGAGGGAAAAGGGCCGUAGGAAGAAGGGCAGGACCUGGGCGGAGGCCGCCAAGACGGUCUUAGAAAAAUAUCCCAAUACACCCAUGAGUCAUAAAGAAAUUCUUCAAGUUAUCCAGAGAGAAGGACUAAAAGAAAUCAGUGGGACUUCCCCUCUUGCAUGCCUGAAUGCAAUGCUGCACACAAACUCCCGAGGUGAAGAGGGCAUCUUCUAUAAGGUUCCAGGUAGAAUGGGAGUGUAUACUUUGAAGAAAGAUGUGCCGGAUGGGGUGAAAGAGCUAUCAGAAGGUUCAGAAGAAAGCAGUGAUGGUCAGUCAGAUUCCCAGAGUUCUGAGAACAGCAGCAGCAGCAGUGAUGGUGGCAGCAACAAGGAGGGAAAAAAGAGCAGGUGGAAAAGGAAAGUAUCGUCUAGACUGUCACAACCUUCCUCUCCUCAGUCAGGCUGCCCAUCACCCACCAUUCCAGCAGGUAAAGUCAUUUCUCCGUCACAGAAGCACAGCAAGAAGGCACUAAAGCAGGCUCUAAAACAGCAACAGCAGAAGAAACAGCAGCAGCAGCAAUGCAGGCCAAGCAUGUCCAUCUCCUCCAACCAGCAUCUCUCUCUGAAGACCGUCAAAGCAGCCAGUGACUCUGUAGCUGCCAAACCUGCAAUAUGGGAAGGAAAGCAAUCUGAUGGACAGUCAAGCAGCCCUCAGAACUCAAACUCUAGCUUUUCUUCUUCAGUUAAAGUGGAAAAUCCUUUGCUAGGCCUGGGAAAGAAGUCAUUCCAGAGGUCUGACAGGCUUCACACAAGGCAAAUGAAGAGGACUAAAUGUGCUGAAAUUGAUGUUGAGACACCAGACUCCAUUCUGGUUAAUACAAACCUACGAGCACUAAUCAACAAACACACCUUUUCAGUCCUUCCUGGAGAUUGCCAACAGCGACUGCUUCUACUACUUCCAGAGGUGGAUCGACAGGUUGGUCCAGAUGGUCUGAUGAAGUUAAAUGGCUCAGCCCUUAAUAAUGAAUUCUUCACUUCAGCAGCCCAAGGCUGGAAGGAAAGACUUUCAGAAGGUGAGUUUACACCUGAGAUGCAGGUGAGAAUUCGACAAGAGAUUGAGAAGGAGAAAAAAGUAGAGCCUUGGAAAGAACAAUUCUUUGAAAGCUACUAUGGUCAGAGUUCUGGCCUGAGCCUUGAAGAUUCAAAGAAAUUGACAGCUUCACCCAACGAUCCCAAAGUAAAGAAAACCCCAGCUGAGCAACCAAAAUCCAUGCUUCCUUCAGAGGCCUCUCCUGUCAGUAUAGUCCCAGUAAUUCCCCAGUUAGUGUCUAAAGAAGAAGUACUGCAACUGCCAUCACCAGUCAGAAAAGAAGAGCAUGAAAGCCAAGAUAAGAUGCAGCCAAACUCCAAAUCCCCAGAGCCCCUACUUUCCUCAGCUACCAAUACAAAUGAGCUUAGCAGCGUUCCUCCCAUCAAGUGCCCAAAGGAUGAGGCUCUCUUGGAGCAAAAGCCAGUUGCCUCUGCUGAACAGGAGUCUGAGAAAGAGAAUCAUCUCACUACAACUUCAAAUUAUAACAAAAAUGAAAGCCAAGAAGCUUUAGUUACAUCCCUGAGCAAACCGAAGAGCCCUGGGGUAGAAACAACAGUAGUGAAGCCCAUAGUAGAAGCAGGUCUACAGGAGACCACUAUGAAAGAGCCUCCAUCAACUCUGGCUGAUCACAGCCCAGAAAGCCUCAAGAGGAAAUCUUCUGUCACCCAAGAAGAGGCCCCUACAAACUGGGAGAAAAGACCACGUGUCACUGAGAAUCGCCAGCACCAGCAGCCAUUUCAAGUCUCCCCACAGCCCUUUCUCAGUAGAGGGGACAGGUUCCAGGUGCGGAAAGUACCACCUCUCAAGAUCCCGGUCUCCAGAAUCUCCCCCAUGCCGUUUCCUACAUCGCAGGUCUCUCCCAGGGCUCGUUUUCCAAUCUCCAUCACUAGUCCUAACAGAACAGGAGCCAGAACUCUCGCAGACAUCAAAGCAAAAGCCCAGCUGGUCAAAGCACAGAGGGCAGCAGCUGCUGCUGCAGCCGCAGCUGCUGCAGCCGCCUCGGUUGGAGGGACCAUUCCAGGACCUGGCCCAGGGGGUGGACAAGGACCAGGAGAGGGGGCUGAAAGGAGAACUGCUAGAGGAGGGAGUCCAGACUCAAACAGAGUCAGUGAAACUGGAAAGGGCCCCACACUGGAACUGGCAGGAACUGGAAGCAGGGGAGGUACGAGAGAGCUUUUACCCUGUGGUCCAGAGACUCAGCCCCAAUCUGAGACCAAGACCCCAGGCCAGGCACAGUCUCACAGUGUCUCUGGAGCACAACUACAGCAAACCUCCUCAGUGCCUCCACCAUCUGCCAUCAGUGGAGCGUGCUCAAGUGUCCCGUCACCAGCCCACGCUAACACACCCCCACCAGCUUUAGGGAAAGUAAGUAAUGAAAAACUGAAUCCCUCCAGGGUGGCAGCCACGGUGGCCUCUCUUAGCCACCCACAGGGGCCCAGUAAUGGUAGGCAGGAGAAAGCACCUCCUACUCCAGCAGAUCCUGCUCUAAUCGCAGGUGCCUCACCUGUUCAUUUUGCAGUCGAUGGCACAGUUGAGCCCAAAGCAGGUUCUAGUAAGAAUACACCAAACCCUCCAGCCUCGGCAGAGAUAAGUGCUAGUGCUUCAGUGGAUAUGACUCCCUCCCCUUUAACAUCUUUAUUAACAACAGCCUCUUUAGAGAAGCUUCCUGUACCCCAGGUCGUUGUAACCAUAGCACCUACUGGAUCAGCUCCAUCCUCGAGCACUUUGCCAGCAGCUUCUAGCCUUAAGACCCUGGGAGCUUCUUCAAGUGUGAAUGGACCCAUUUCGAGGCCAAGCUCUAAUAUCCCUGCUAAUAAUCCUUUGGUAACUCAGCUGCUGCAAGGCAAAGAUGUUCCCCUGGAGCAAAUUCUGCCUAAACCUCUCACCAAAGUUGAAAUGAAAACUGUUCCACUAACUACAAAAGAGGAAAAGGGGAUGAUGAUAGGAGCACUCGCAGGUACCAGCGUAACAGAAAAUAGCACCAGAGAGGAAGUUAAUGAGAGACAGUCCCAUCCAGCUACACAGCAACUGGGUAAAAGUUUGCAAAGUAAGCAGCUCCCCCAGGUUCCAAGACCCCUUCAGCUCUUUUCAGGUAAGGAUCUAAGGGACGCUAGCAUUGAUACACACCAAUACCAAGAAGGACUAAGUAAAGCAACCCAAGAUCAGAUCCUUCAGACGCUCAUCCAAAGGGUUCGGAGGCAGAAUGUUCUCUCAUUUGUGCAGCCCUCCCAGUUCAACUUCACUCACUCAGGUUUCCAGUUAGAGGACAUCUCCACAAGCCAGAGGUUUAUGCUGGGUUUUGCUGGCAGAAGGACAUCCAAGCCUGCAAUGGCAGGUCACUACUUACUUAACAUUUCCACCUAUGGCCGGGGUUCAGAGAGUCUUAGGAGGACCCAUUCUGUAAACCCCGAAGACCGAUUUUGUCUAAGUAGCCCCACUGAGGCCUUGAAAAUGGGAUAUACAGAUUGUAAAAAUGCAGCAGGAGAUAGUAGCAGCGGUAAAGAAGAUGAUACUGAUGAGGAAAGUACUGGUGAUGAGCAAGAAUCUGUCAUGGUGAAGGAGGAGCCGCAGGCUUCCCAGAGUUCUGGCAAGUGUGAAGCAAGUUCAGGACCCCACAGUAGAGAAACCCUAUCCACCAGUGACUGUUCAGCUAAAAAGAAUGUGAAGGCAGAGACACCAGUGCCUGAGCAAACCACUUUAAGCAAGGAAAAUUACCUGUUCACUAGAAGCCAAACAUUUGAUGAGAAGACCCUAGCCAGAGAUUUUAUUCAGGCAGCACAGAAGCAGAUGGCUCACGUGGUGAGAGGUAAGACCGUGCGGAGCAGCCCCGAGCUUUUCAAUUCUACUGCUCUUCCUCUACCUGCAGACAGUCCUACCCAUCAGUCUCUACUCCUUCCACCGCUGCAAACCCCAAAGCUGUAUGGAAGCCCCACACAGAUUGGGCCAAGCUACAGAGGCAUGAUCAACGUCUCCACCUCAUCGGACUUGGACCAUAACUCCGCCGUAGCGGGGAUGCCUGACUGUAGCCAGGUACCUAGCAAUGUCGGGGAUGUCAUGUCCUUUUCAGUGACUGUCACGACCAUCCCUGCUGGCCAAGCUAUGAAUCCCAGCAACCACGGCCAGACCAUUCCUGUUCAGGCCUUUCCUGAAGAGAACAGCAUAGAGGACACACCUUCGAAAUGUUACUGCCGAUUGAAAGCCAUGAUCAUGUGCAAGGGGUGUGGAGCCUUCUGCCACGAUGAUUGCAUUGGCCCCUCCAAACUGUGUGUCUCCUGCCUUGUCGUUCGGUAAUGAGACUAGAAGGAGAACACACUGUAAAGGAGGCAGGAAGGGGGAAGGGUUGACAGAUGUGGUUUUUGAGUUCUUUUGGAAUCACAGAAAUAAACUAGGUUUCAGUUGUCUUAAGAGACAAGUGUUACUUAAUCAGGAAUACAGAGUACAGAUCUUACAUUUUAGAGGAAAAGCACCUUGUAUAGUAAGUCCAAGUCAAGCAAGACUUUGUGAAUUUGUGACAAGUUUGCACUUACAAAAUCAUGUAAAUAUGUCACAUCUUGUUUUAACAUUUUUCCAGGUGUUGAGGUAAUAAUGUAUUACUUUGACUUCAGAUUGAUGUUCCACUUCAUGUGACUUUGAAAAGUUUAAUGCCAAUGCAUGGUGAAAGGAAGCGAUUUCCCUUCUGCCCUUUCUUAAGAGGCUAGGAAAAGAAAGGAGUGAGGGAAUGGUCUGAAGAAAUGACCAUGUUGAUUAUGUCUUGACUGUCUGACUGCAGGCUUUACAUAGGUUAUUCAGCCUUCGCAGGAGUGGAUUCAGGGUUUACACCGUCCCUUUACCUUAGAUGGAACCUUCUCAAGUUCAAAUUUUUGGUGAUAAGGUAUUAAUUUCACAGGCAGUACUUCAGACUCUGAAAAUUCUGACUUGGUUCUUGGCUUCCAUGAACCAGUACUAUUGCCAGGCACUCUGCUUGCAGUUUGCGGAUCCCUGCUGUUCCCUAAUCCCACUCCCUUGCCCUGAAGCAGGGAGUGUGGUCCAUGAAAAGUUUGCCUCGCUGGGCCCCUUGGGUUACCAUCACCUGUGCAGGGCAGUAAUUCCAGCAAUAAUCUCCAAGGAUUUAGUCAUUCGUGGGAGCUUACAAACAAGUUUGAAAUACUAGCAUAAAAUUAACAGAAAAGUGUUAGGGCGAUUUGAACUGUGUUUUGUUGGGUAAGCAGAGUAAAGGUGCAGAAACUGUUGAACUGAACAUAAAGAACUUUGGAAAACAAUUUUAACACUAGAAACAAAGUAGCCCCUCUCAUCCUCUUCUCUCCCAACCUGUUACCUAAUGUUCUACAGUCAGCUGUUGCUACAGGUAGAAAAACUCAUUAAUACCACAUUUGCCCAUUCUGUUAAACCUGUUUUGACCUCCCGGGCAUCUGAGGAACAUGGGAGUAAUCUUAUGUAUUACUCUGAACAUACACGUGUGCGUGCACACACACACACACACAGUAAAAGUCAGACAUUUUUCCUGUUUUAGAAAACAUGUCCCCUUUCUUGGACUACUCUCUACGCACUAGAAAUUUCUAAUGUAAAGGGGCUUUAGUGAAUGACUUAGGGAACAUCUAGAAAGGAAAAGAAAUCAGCUGCAAAUUUUUAUUGUUUGUUUUUGUUUAUUCUUUUUUGUUUCCUUUUUGUUGAAUCCUGUCUCUAGUGACUAAAGAAUUUUUGAGUACAUACAUUUAGGUCAUGGUUAAAGAACAUUAAAAUAAAUCUACAAUUUACCAGAAUUCGGUAUUAAAAAGUUGGGGAUUGUCAGUGUGCAUCAUUUGCAUAUUGAUUUCAAAUCUCCUAAUUUCAUGUAUGUAAAGGACAUAUAUUAUUAGUGCAACCUAGUACAGUCAUAGUUGUACUUAAUAUUCAGGAUGUGAUAUAUACAAAAUGCAGAACAGUUUAAACUCGUUAACUAAGUCACAUUCCAGAUUAGGGGCAAGUAGGCAGUAGUAAUCUUAGCUUUGCACCCAUUCUGCUACCCACCCCUCCCUACCUCACCUCCUGCAUUAUACAUACACUCUUUUAAUACUUUCAAACCCCAUAAGAAACUAUUUACUUCUAUUUUUUAUUUUUUGUUUCUGAGUUUUUUGUGGCCCAAAGCAAAUAUAGGAUUAAUAUCUGUGUUCUAGUUUCAGCCAAGAUAAUUUGAUGUCCUUCUAACUUCCCUUUUUCUUCCAGCAAACACAUAGCUAAGAGGUAAGAAAUCUGUCAGGAUCCAGGGAUAAGGAGCAAGUUCUCCAACCAAUAACCAGUAGGAGUCAGAAACCAUGGUUCUGUUCCCAAACUUUCAGUGCCCUGGGUAAUCCCAGGGGGUGUUAAAAAGACCUAUUGCCAGUUAAAACUCUCCAUUCUCAGCUUCCUCACUCCCCACUUGAGUGGCAGGACUGAGGGGUGGUCUGCCUGCCAGAAGUGGUUGACUGUUUCAGAACUGACCCCACGGUGAGCACGAGUUAACCAAUUUGGAUUUUCAAAAUGAUUUUUCUUCUUCACACCUUUCCUAUCAUAGAAAGUCUCUCCUCCAUGGUUCUCUUAAUCUGAGGAUGGACAGACUAACCAGGAAGGGAGGAAAGGCAUCAGGGAUUUUCAAGUCCAUUUAGAGAGUAAACCAUAUCGUGCCUAUUCAUCUUGACCCAGGCUCUUGCAGAUUAGGUCCUAAGCAUUACUAUUCACCAGAUUCUCUUUACAAAUAAUACCCAGCUAAUAAAAUAUUCAAUAAAUCGUCAACUAGGUACACUGCCUCACUCUUGACUGAAUGAGAGAAUAGUUAGAUUCUCUUAGAUUGGUAGAAAAUUGAAUGCAAUCUAUCAGUUGGUUUCAAAUCAGUUUCACAUAGAAGGUCAUUCAUCUUAUGUGCUGACUGAGCUGAAAAGAAAAAUUACAGUCUGGCCCUUUUGAAAAUGAAAUAGUAGGAACAAGAAAACCUUUAAAUUAUUAGAAUAUGGUAUUCCAGUACCUUUAAAGCAGUUUUUAUCUUAGGUUUUCAGUUACUUUACCUUUCAGUUCAGUCUGAAAUGUUUCUAAUAAGUGCUAAGCUUAUUUUUAUGGUAUUAAGUUGCACUAUUUCCAGUGACUAGUCAGGCAUUAUGCCUGAUGCUUAUGCCUCCAGGGUAUGCUUCUCAAGCCUUCAGAUAACCUUCCGCUUCAGGUCACCUUGGGGAGGUGGCAUUAACAAUAUAUCAUCUCAGUCUUACUUGCGAAUGUUCUAAGUUGUCUAGUAGAGAAGACUCCCUAAAUUUUAAAGAAUUUUUAUUAAAAUUCUCCAUCCUAUUAAACAGAAAAUAAAGCCAAAAUAACCUGGAGUUGUUUGCCCUACGUAACCCCUGUGUUGAAGAUACUGAAGCUGUCUGUGGUACCCCAUGUAACAUCUUUAAGAAUAAGGUCUGGCAGAUGGGAAAUUUUUCUUGGGGCAGGGGAAGCAUACUUAUAUGGGCUGGGAAGGCACACAGUGUAGAUAUUUUAGGAGUUAGCACAGAUUUAAAUAAAUAGCCAAAGGAAGACGUCAUUGCCUUCCAGGUGAAGGCAUAAAUUCGUACAUUAAUAAUUGGACCGUUUACCAUCCUAAUUGCUCUUAUUACCUUUCUUCACCUAAGAGUCCUUGAAGAACUCUUGGGUGAAAUUAUUUGUUAUAAUGAGGGGGUCUUCUCUGGUCAUUACAUCACUAUUUGUUUCUAGAGCUCAUUGUCAGCAGUACCAGGGUUGUUUUCUCUGUGACCUAGAGAUUUCACAGCAAGGAGAGAAAAGUCUCCCCGUUGUAUUACAACAAUGUGCUAAGUAAAAAAACUUGGCCAAGGGUAGUUUGCAGCUCAAUUUAUAGAAUAGUCCAAAGAGACUCCGAGAAACAUGAUGAUAGGCAGGGAUCUUUCCUACCGUGUUUCAAUACCUACAUAACCUAUUGAAAGAGAACAAUAGGUAAAACAGUUCCUAAAGUUGGAAGUAAGACCUUCAUAGAUUCUUGGUUACUUAUUUUUUUUAAUGCUUUACAUUUGAUACAACUAUUAAAGAUCAAUUUUAAAAAUAGCUUUCCAGUAAUAUAUUUUAAGUAAUAUAUAUUUUAAUAUCUAUGUAAAAAGUGACAGUGGGAGACUUUGAAUUUCUCAUAUAAGGUAUGUUUAAUGUAGGGCCUCACUGUUAAGGCACAAAUUAUUUCAAAGGAAGUUACUCUAAAGACACUCAGAUUAUUUCCAAAAAAAUGCAAUAAGGGGAAGAGUUUUGGAGUUUAUUUUUUAUUUUAAUAGAAAAUUGACUUAUUUACCACAAGCUAUUUUUUUUUCCUUCUGGCUAAAAGGUUUGUACAGACUGGUUUGGUAAAUGCUAAACUUUUGUGUCUUUUGCCUUUUUAAAGGAAUUGUUAACAUUGGAAUUGAGGGUAUGUACAGAGAAGUUGGUGUCAACACCAUUUAAAAAGUCAUAUUUUUUCACAAAUAUAGAAAAAUCAUUUUACAUAAGAAUUUUAAGUAUUUGCAAUAAAUAUAUGUAUAUAGAUUGUAUGUAUUCAUAUAUUCUUAUUUUUCAUUUUAUUAUUAAGUAAAAGAUAAUUAAAGUGGAAAUAAAAACCUUGGAGUUUUCGGUGCAUCUUGAGGUCUGACAUACAUGUGAAAGUGGUGUGGGUAAGGGCCCUCAGUUGUUGCCUUAUACUACUAUUGGAAGAUUACCAACAGAUUGCAUAGAAAAUAGUAAAAUGAGGAAUUUGGUGAUAAAUCAGGGUAGCGUAUUUCUUUCAAAACUCUAGUAAAAAUAUUAAAUUCUCCUAACAUGUCUGUCUCUGUGCUUUCACCCUUGAACUGUUCUCUCUCCUAACCACCUAAUGUUACUGGGAAAGUAAAAACAAAACACAGUGCAUUGUUUUUUAAUGUGCCCAUUGUUUGCUUCUAAGACAAAGAAUGGCAAGAAAAUAUCUCGGGGUGGUGGGGGCGGGAAUAGGUUUUCCUUUCUCCACAGUGGUUAAUAAUUCAUUAGCAAACAUUCACUUCCACCACCUUCCAGGCUGUAGGGUUUAUGUGAAGAAAUAAUAUCGUGAAGACAAUAGAAAACUUUUUUUCUGUUUCCCUUCUUUGAGAAGUGAGUUUUGUAGCCAGUUUUAUGUCCUUCCCAAUUGAUCUGGAAAUAGAAGGGCUAAGAGAACUUGAAUGUUGAUCUCCCUGAUGUCAGGAAGGGUGUUUAUGGAAAUGAGGACUGAGCCAAACAUUUGGAGAGGUUAACCAUACCUAGAGAUAAUCGAGUCCUGCUGUCCAAGAGAAGUCAUUUUGUGAUUGUAAAUAUUUAGUUUUAGGAUAUGAUUGAGGAAGCAAAAGGAUACCUAGAUAGUCUUUGGGAAUAAAGGCGUAUAGUCUGUUCUUUAAAAAUGAAUAAUAUAUAGCUUUAUUGGUGACCUGAAAGGAAAUAAGGUCAGAGUUUGAAGAAUAUCUUAAUGACCCAUGAAACACUUUUAAUUGUAGUUCACUAGUUCUCCCCAUAAUUCCUCAGUUGUGGUUAUUUUAACUAAUAAAAACAGCAAUUUUUGGAAAUUAGUAAGGAUACUUAAGAAGAAUGCUUCCCCCACCCCCACCCCGUAAGGCCACGCUCUGUGGCAUGCAGGAUCUUAGUUCCCCAUCCAGGAAUAGAACCUGUGCCCCCUGCAUUGGGAGCACAGAGUCCUAACCACUGCACCACCAGGGAAGUCCCAAGAAUGUUUUUUAAAAGACGGCCUUAUCAUUUUUCAAAAAUUGAAAAUUCAAACAUAGGGCUGCCCAAAACAUUGAAAAUAGUUUAGAUGUCUAAGAGAACAGCGCUAAGUCUUUGCUGAAAAUACCCUAUUUCUAAAGGAAAAAUUUUAAGUCUCAGGGAACAUCUGCAUCCUCGUAAUUCCCAUAUAUGGUAGAUAGGAAUGAAGGUGAAAUAUUUAAAUGUGUGUGAACCAGUUCAUGAUGACUGUUUACAAAGACCCCCCCCCCAAUUUCUAAUAUGUACUUAACUGUUAUUUAUUCCUACCUCAUAGGAAGUAAAAUUCAUAGUCAGGUAAUGACAUAGGACCCUAAGUUAUAGUUGGACUGCAGUUAAUCGAGAAAGAGCAGUACAUCAUGACACAGCUUCAACUUGGAUCCCCAGCUUUCCUUUAUUUACAUCACAGAGUCUUAGAAACCUGUGUUCAUUGCUUUUAACACUAGUUGACCAAGAGUGGUCUUCACAAAUUUCGCAUGUUUCUAGUUCUUGUACAUAAAUCAUGUUAUUCACUAAUUCAAAUACCUUUUGAACAUCUAUGUGCUAAGCACUGUGCUAAGGUUCUGGUUAAGCAAAGGUAAAGAAAAGCAGUCAUGUAAGUUGUAAAAGGUCUUCCUAAAAGUAGUAACCAUACAGCACAUGUCUAGUUCACAGCUCAAGGAGUAAUGCAUGCUACGUUAUUUCCCAAGACGUGUUGGAAGUUUAAGAGUAAAUGAACUAUGAAAUAGAAGCAUUUGAGGCACUUGGCAAAACAUGAAGAAAGAAAAGAAAGGCAUUGCCCCUACAUGAAAUUACAGUGUGGAAUUGAGGAGCCAGGUUGAUAAAAUUUACCUUUUUUUGACAACUGUCACUGGAAGAUCUAGAGAUUAAUCAGAAUUUCAAGGAAUCUCUUGGUAAUACCUAAAUUGAGAAAAUCAGGCCGAAAGCAAUCCCAUUCAAUGAAUACUGUUCAGUAUGUCAGUAAAGAUGCUUCAUCUUAGGUUCAGCUAACCCUUUCAAAUAACAGUGUGGUAAAUAAUGCAGCUUUCCUGUCAAACCCAAAAUAAGCUAAAGGGAAUAAAAAAACAUAACCUUGAUUUUCAACUUAUAGACUGGUGAGAAGGAAGCGUAUUCAUUUAAAAUUGUUAGAGAUAUUUCAUCCCCUUUUUCCCUCCAUAGUGGAUAAAAUUACUGUUCUUUUUAUUCUAAUAUUGUAGAAUUGAUUUUUUUUUUCCUUUCUACUUCUAAGUCACAGAACUUGAAUUAAAAGAGGCUUCAGCCGGACACUACCCCUUAUAAAGUGGCCUAAAUCCUAAUUCUUUAAGACUUUCUGGUAGAAAGGUUUUAAAAGGAUAAAUGAAUAUAUUUUGUCAGUGCUUAUUAUUGAACUUUCCUUACCUGGGUUACUGGAUUUGCAACUUGAAUUCUGUAUUCCAAAAUAUCCAUGUUCACCUUUUAGUCAAAAAGUUAUGAGGUGUAACCAUGUAAUACAGUCUCAACUCUGUCCAGGAACUAGGAGGGCAGAUAUCCUGUAUUUUCCUUAUACUUAGUGACAUUAAAUAGAAAAUUGGGUUUCUUUCAUAGGGCCUGUAUAAACUAAGGAAUCUCUAUACCUCUGUGUAUCUUUCAGUCUUAACCUAAAAAGGGAAUCCCUACAAAGAUUUCCUUAUAACAAAAAGGACAGACUAAACCUGGAAGAGAGAUGAUCAGCUGUGGAGAUGGGCUGUGACUAGAUAGUGGGUUGUCCUGAAGAAUAACUGCAAACUCAACUUCCCUGGUUCUUCAAGCUCAAAAGAAACUAAAGGGAAUUUUUAAAAUCCUGCCUUUCAUCUUGACUGCAAAACCUAUCGAGUGCCUAGGAGAGAAGAAAGGUAAACCCAAGACUGGAUUUAAGAUAGAUUUAAGUAAACUUGGAAUUAUUCUUAUCCUUUUACCGAAUUUUUUUUUUUAAGUUUUGGGUUCCCAUAAUGUAAUGAAUUGCCGUGAGUGGAACAUGGAAUUUGAUUUGAGGCAUUUUGUGGGCUAAGUAAUAGUUUUCUGUUGAACUAUAUUGUCUAUCUAGUGACAGCUUUUGCCACUGCUCAGGAUUUAGGAGUGUGCACCUGUGUCUAAGUGACACAGACAUUGGCUCAUAAAUACUAUAUUAAACCAACUUGAGUCAGCACUUUAUUAACUUUAAUCAUGGAUCCUCUUUUUAAGUACUUAAUAUUUAAAAUUCAGAUUAGCCCAAUAAGAAAGCAAUGCAUUUAACGUCAAAAUGUCUGAAGAUAACUAUUAUUUUACACACAGUCUAUGUCCUUCCUACGGAAAGUGUGGUACAUAAAAUUUUACAUUUCUUGGGUCAGUUCUUUUCAAAACACCAGUGUCUAAUGUUUUCAGAUACCUAGAGCUUGGGAAUGCUGGAGUUGGACUUGGACCCCAAGUCAGCAGUUGUUUUCAUUUUAGGUUUUCAGACAUAGCAAUUUGAAGUGACCCCAGCUGAACCUAUAUGUAAUCACUUUGAACAAGCUUUAAAUUAUGAAACUCUUCCAAAGUCUCAAAUUUGGUCACCUGCUUGUUGCAUAAGGAGACAGAUUCUGGGCUGGGAAGGACCUGACAAUUUGUUCUCUGAUAAUAAACUACUGAUUGAAGAGCAAGUUUGUUAUUAGAGACUUCACGAAAUUUCUAGAACCCAUGAAAGAUCUAGAGUACAUGAUAAGUGGAACUCUAGAAAUUAAAAACCUUUCUCUUAGCCGUAAGUGCUAUGACCUAUUUUUUUUAAACCCGUCUUAAUUCUGUGACUCAUUGCAUCAUACCUUAAGAGAAAUCAGAAUGGAAGAAAUGACCUUAUGUUGGUCUUACUUUAAAAUCUUUGUGCACAUAGGCCUUAGCACUUUGACAGAUAAAGCUCUGCCUUUUAGCUCCUUCUCACUCUUGUCUUUAUUCUUCCCACUUUUAGACUGUUCCUUUUAUUGGUCGUAUAAAACUACCUUCAGAAUUGAAUGUAUAAUAAUGUUUCUGCACAUGGACAAACUGUAUUUUAACGACUCAUUUUAUGUGUAAUAAAGGCAUACAGUUUUA